AUGAGUAGAAUGAGACAAACCGGUUCUGACCGUCGUGGAGACAAUAAGCCUAAUAUUCAAGAGAUUAAAAGGUUACAACGGGAAACAGCUACAGCCAAUUUCAGUUCUUCUGAAUUAUCAUAUAAAGGAA